AUGAUCAGAAGAAAGAGAGAAAUAGGAGAACUAGAGGAAGAACAGCUGAAAAAUGUCUACUUAAAGUGUAAGGAGUUUUAUAUGGAGGCUGCAAAACAGAUAUUAAAAAGGUUUCCUUUUGACGACAAAGCCCGUCAAGCAUUAAAAUGUCUGAAGAUGCAAAAUCCUAAAGCAAUUCUGGAUCUUGAAAUAAAAAAGAAAUUCCCUUCCAUUGCAGAUUUACAUUAUUUCUUCCCAAAGAUUUGUCCAAAUAAUAUAACGGAACUGGAUAGAGAAUGGCGAAUGUUAAGAAAUGUCGAUUUUUCUUUCAACCAAAACAAAACUCCCGAUAUUAUCGACCUUUGGAAACAUGUACAAGAAUUAAGAAAUGGAGACGAAUCUCAAACAUUCCCUACAUUGUGUGAAUUGGUAAAAAAGCUUUUGUGCCUACCACAUAGCAGCACCGCCGUGGAAAGGUUAUUUUCUGCUAUAAAUAUUAUGAAAACCAAAUUACGCAACAUAAUAUCGACUACAGCUAUUAAAGAAGUAUUACACACUUAA